AAUUCAAAAAUGAAUGGCUUUAUCAUCGUCAAUCUUGACACUGGUAUGCAGAUCUACCACAAACAAUAUGUGCCAGGGUUCGGAUUUAAGAGUGAUUCAAAUGAAGAUGAGGGCACAAGCCCAGUUAGUAUAACAGAUCCUGUCAACUUGGCAAGCUACCUCUUCACCAACAUCAAGCUUGUGGAGGAAAUGGCAGAGGAAAUUCGGGAAAACUUAGGCGAAGCAGCUGAUGAACUGAUCGAGGCUCAGCUCCAGGAAGGGUUCAAAGGCAUUGAAUCUGAAGGAGUCAGCUUUGUUAUAGAUAAAUUUUCAAAAUUUAAUAUUCUAAUUGCUCUGUUUUAUGAUAGUGAUACUUUCGAUCGCAAAAUAGCAGAGAAAUUAGCUAACAAAAUCAUUGAAAUUUUCGCUCAUAAGUAUGAGAAGAAGCUUGAAAAGGACAUCGUGGCUAGGAAUUACAAAAGUUUCGACUGGGUUCUGACAACAAUUUAUGAAGAUACCAUCUCUGAUAUGGUGAAGAGGCUAUUUUUGAACUUAGGGUCUCAGAAUGUGAUCAUUCCUUGGCUGUUUCUUGUUCAUACUUCAGAUAUUGAUAUCAACUUACAACCUGAGGCGACGAGCCCCGGAGGGGAGAAGAAGAAACAUUCGUUUAAUUCCACUCAUUUCUCAAAGAAUCCGGGUUUAUCGAAUAUUGGGAAGAACCAGGAAUCAGAUCCUGAGAUAGAAUUUGCUUAUAACUCUGAUGAAGACAGUGUUUUCUCUGCUUUCAAUGGCAAUUACGAGAAGAACUCUUACCACAAGAAGAUGUUCGACACUGUCAGUCAGAAGUACAAUAAGGAGAUUCAGAGGAGGUCUGAAGGCAUUCUGAAAGAGCUUGAAAUUAAAAACAAUGUGCUUAAGAUGCUUUACAAUUUUGAUAUUGAUCUUGAAGACUCAGAAAUUGAAGAGCAUAAACUUGAUAAAAGCCAGUAUAGUGUUGAAGAAGAGAAGAGUAAGAAGGACCAGCUUAAGAAUGAUUUUGUAGAGUUUAAAAAUUCCAGACACUUCAGGAAUGAGCCUGAUAAGGAAAAGAUCAUGAAAGAAUUAUUUAAAGUAGCUGUUAGUGCAAAUUCUAUCAUGAAAAUAUGUGGGGAAAAACAAGAGUUCAACUCCAUAGAGAUGACAUUGAAUAUAAAGAACAUGAUGUUGGAUAAAAGCAAAUUAUUGAUAGUCAAAGUAAAUUCUUUGAUUCUGAUGAUACCAAUAAAGGUCUCAAGAAUAGAGGUCAAACUGAGGAACACCUUCUUUAUCAAUGAACAACCUGCUUUAUCCUCCUUAGCCAUGUUCGUGGAAUUUUAUCUAAGGACGUUUGUUAAUAAGGGUGAUGAAUAAGUUCAAUUUUUACAU